AUGAUUAAAUUGUGUAAUAUAAUCAACAAAUCAAUUGAUUUUAAUUUAAGACAAUUGGUAAUAAACUCUAAAAGAAUAUAUACAAUAUCUUCAACUAAACAGUUCACACACCUGCCUCUUAAGUUUAAAAAUAAGGAAUAUUAUGACCAUAAAGGGACCUAUAUAUUAAUAGGAGAUGUAACAUACAAUUUUAAGAGUUAUUCGAGCGCAAAAGAGGACGAUGUAACGGCAAUAAUAGAGUCAGGAAGGGAGUUUUAUGAAAUUCAGCAGGAAGUUAACCUGUCAGAAUUUACGUCGAACUACUGGCGCACGUUAAGAGUGUCAAAGCCACUUCUGCUGACGUUUAACGUGGACAAGUCAGCAGAAUCGAGAAUGAUGGACUCAGUGAUGGGUUCAGGAGUGCACUGUAAAAAUAUGAGCUCACUGGACGAGUUGUUUGAAACAAUACUGCAGUACAAGGAACACAAAGACUUGAUCGGCUGUUACUUGAAUCUGGAUAACAACUACGACGCAUACCUAACGAUAAACAAGGACCUGUUUGAGAAGAUAAGACUGAGCUCCAACUCAGUGUUCCUGGACGUAACGUACCCGUAUUACCAAUCGGUGGACGAGUAUAUGAAAAUUUCAAAAAUAAUUAACCUGGUAAACCCGCACGUUUUAAGGUUUUGCAACGGCACCCUCAAGUUCCUCCUCAAUACCGAUCUCCAGUGUCCCCUGCUAAAGGAAAACGGAACGAACGAAGACUUCUCAAUGGAAAGAUGCUACUACAUAUCAGAAAAGUAUAACCUAACGGUGAUUGAUUCAAGCGAAAGUAUCGUAAUCAGCAACCACAACAAUAUGGAGGUGGUUGUGUUCCCAAGGCUUCCUCAAAUUCUCAACAAAAUCCACGGCCACAACAACUGUUUUGGUGCAGUCAUUGCGUCCAUGACCACCCUCUCAAGUGACAACUAUCUGGUGCCUUCAAGCGCAGCCAUCUCGGGGUUGGACUUUGUCUCUUCGGAAAGCGCAAAGAAGGCGAACGGCCCUGGCUCAAUGCUCUGUAACAUGCUCGACAGCAUCUACAACCUGUCAAUGUCGCCGGAUGUUAUCUCAGAACACAAGACGGAAGUUAAAUUUUAUAAAAGAAAGUAA